AUGGUAGAGAUGGCUAGAGGUUUAGGGGAGCAGAGCUGCAUGAUUGAGCAGUUCACAGGUAUGAGACCCCCAUCAUUCUCUGGAGGAGUUGACCCACUUAUGGCUGAGAACUGGGUCCAGGAUAUAGAGGACAUGCUGAUAGUUCUCCCAUGUACAUAUGAGCAAAAAGUAUUGUUUGCAACAUUUAAGCUGACGGGGGAGGCAAAGUGCCAAUGGAGAUCAGCGAGACUGUUGGAGGAGCAGAUACCUAACUCUGUAGCGAGGACGUGGACCCGCUUCAGGGAAAUAUUUUUCAAGAGAUACUUCGCCGCUACUAUUAGAAGUGCAAAAGAAGCAGAGGUUUUGCACUUAACGCAAGGAUCGAUGACAGUACAACAAUAUGUAGCUAGAUUCAUUGAGCUAUCUCAGUUUACUCAGUAUUUGGUAUCGACUAAGGAAAGAAAAGCGAGGAAGUUCGAGGAGGGCCUGAGAUAG